UUCCCCGACAUGGACCAGAGGAAAUCAGACGAGUCAUGAUUUACGUGUCUGAGUUGUGGCACUUCUCAGAACAGCCCCCAGCGUUCCGUGUGCUGAAGCCAUGGUGGGACGUCUUCACCGAUGUCCUGUCCUUCAUCAUGAUUCUGAUAGCAGUGUUCGGUUGCACCCUUCAGGUGAUGGACGACAGAAUGUACUGUCUUCCUCAGAGAAGUCUGACAUGUCCACUGACCAUGAAUCAUGACACAGCUGGAUGUUCCAACUCCUCCUCAGUCUCGCCCACGGAGUCGGAUCUGGAGAGGAAGGGCGUGGACAACAACCUGGACCUGCUGCAGUACAAGUUCAUUUACAAGAUCUGCUAUCAGACGAGCCUCCACUGGUUCGCCAAGCUCUUUCCCUACAUGGUUCUCAUGCAGACUAUCGUCUUCAUUGUGUGCAGCAACUUCUGGUUCAAGUUCCCCAAGUCCAGCUCCAAAAUUGAGCACUUCGUCUCCAUCCUGGGGAAGUGCUUUGAGUCGCCCUGGACCACCCGGGCCUUGUCUGAGGUGUCAGGAGAGCAUCUGGAGGACAAGGAGGACCACAAUGCUUGCCCCGGGGACAUCAACCUGGGCAGUACCCAGUCCGUGUCCGCACAAAGCAAGGUGGUGAUGGACAAACCGGCGGCAGGCGGCGUCUUGGACAAGAAGGAAUGUGAGCAAGCAAAGGCCCUCUUCGAGCGGAUCAAGAAGUUCCGGCUGCACGUGGAGGAAAGCAACCUGCUCUACAAGACGUACAUUCACCAGACCAUCAUGAAGGUGUUGACGUUCAUCUUCAUCAUCGUUUCCAACUGCGCCCUCGUCCCCAACAUAAGAGUCAUCAUCGGCUGCAAUGUGGACGUUCAGGACAUGACUGGCUACAGGUUCUUUUGCUGCAUUCACAACAUGGCUGGCGUCUUCGUCAAAUUGUCGUACUUCUACCUCUUCAUUGUGGUCAUAUAUGGCACCAUAUGCCUCCACACUACCUACUGGCUCUUCCACCGCUCUCUGAAAGAGUACUCGUUUGAUUACGUGCGCAAGGAGACCGGGGUCAACGACAUCCCGGACGUGAGGAACGACUUUGCCUUCCUGCUGCACAUGAUGGACCAGUACGACCAGCUCUACUCCAAGCGCUUCGCCGUCUUCCUGUCGGAGGUGACGGAGAUCAAGCUGCGGCAGCUCGACCUGAACCACGCGUGGCCGGUCGAGAAGCUCCGCCGGCGGCUGCAGACCAACGCCAGCGGCCGCCUGGAGCUCCAGCUGCUCAUGCUCCCGGGCCUGCCGGACGCCCUCUUCGAGCUGACCGAGCUGCAGGCGCUCAAGAUGGAGCUCCUCAACAACGUCACCAUCCCAGCCACCAUCGAGCGGCUGGAGGAGCUCAAGGAGCUGUCCCUGUUUCAGUGCUCGCUGAGGGUGGACACGGCCGCCCUGCCUUUCCUGAAAGCCAACCUGAAGGUGUUACGAGUGUGGUUUGCAGGCGCCCACGAGCUCCCCUAUUGGCUGUACGUGCUGAGGAACCUGGAAGAGCUCCACCUGAUUGGCUCGUUGCGUCCCGGCGCCUCUAGAAGCAUCACGCUGGAGUCGCUGCAGGACCUGAGGUGCCUGAAGACUCUGUCGCUCAAAAGCAACGUCACCAAGAUCCCUCAGACCAUAGUGGACGUGUCCAGCCAUCUCCAGCGGCUGUACGUCCACAACGAUGGCACCAAGCUGGUCACGCUCAACAGUCUGAAGAAGAUGGUGAGUCUGAGCGAGCUGGAGCUGGUGAACUGUGACCUCGAUUUCAUCCCGCACGCCAUCUUCAGCCUGGUCAACCUGCAGUCGCUGGACCUCCGGGAGAACAAGCUGGCCUCCAUCGAGGAGAUCCUCAGCUUCCAACACCUGCCCAAGUUCACCUGCCUGAAGCUGUGGCACAACAGCAUCGCUCUGAUCCCCGAGCACAUCAAGAAACUGGUCAACCUGGAGAGGCUGUACUUCAGCUUCAACAAGAUUGAGGUCCUGCCUGUUCACCUGUUCCGCUGCAGCAGGCUGUUGCACUUGGACCUGUCCCACAACGACAUCAGCGUCAUCCCUCCUGAGAUUAGGUUCCUGCAGGACCUGCAGUACCUCUCGGUCGCAUAUAACAAGAUCACCACCGUCCCCGAUAAGCUUUUCUUAUGCAGCAAGCUGAACACACUCAAGCUGGGCAACAACUCUCUGUCUGUGCUCCCGUCAAAGAUUUCCAGCCUGGCUCUGUUGACUUGUCUAGAGCUGAAGGGGAACCACUUGGUAGCCCUGCCAAGUGAGCUGGGCAGCUGUCUGUGCCUAAAGCGCUGUGGUCUGCGGGUGGAGUAUGCACUGUUUGAGACACUGCCCUUAGAUGUGAGGGAAAGAAUGACUGCCGAGUGAAUGGGCAUUUUUGACACUUCAGUGCAUUCCAGUCCUGUGCUGUCCAGGACGCGUUUAGACAUCAUAGAGUUCAUAUGUUAUGGUGGAUACAGCAGCACUAACGGAUAAGUAAUCCUGUAUGGUUGCCGUGGCAGGAGAUACCCUCAGAAUAUGUUGUGGUAUGUGAAGGGCAGCUUCAGUAAGUGUGCUUUGAUUUAGUAUUACUGGACAUGACCCAGUUGGCGAUGGCUACAUGUAUUGUGCUAUGCAAAAUACAAUUUUCAUAGCAAGGAGAAACCAUUAGACUACACUGGAUGGACUUGGGAAGCGUGGACUGAUUAGUUUGGUUUGCAAAAUGGCGACACAAUUUCCCAUAUUAUUCAAUUUCAUAAAUAUGGGGAU